AUGCCGUUAUUUGAAAAGAAAAAAACAACCGAAGAAAUUAUGAAAGAGCAAAAGAAAGAACUCCGAUCGGGUACACGAAAUAUGGAUCGUGAAACCUAUAAAUUGAAAUUGGAAGAACAAAAGUUACAAACACAAGUCAAGAAUGCUCUGCAGAAAGGAGAUCAAGCAACGGCGAAAGUUUUGGCCAAACAAAUUGUUCAGCUUCGGAAGCAACAAGAACGAAUGUCCAAAAUGAAAGGAACAAUGUCUACCGUACAACAUAAAGCUUCAUCCAUGCACACUCAAGAAAAGAUGAUGAAUGCAAUUAAAAGUACAGGAACGGUGAUGAAGAAAAUUAAUGAACAAAUGAAUCCACAAGAAAUGCAAAAGACCAUUAUGGAAUUUGAAAAAGCAAAUGAAAAGAUGGGAAUGAGCGAAGAAAUGAUGGACGAUGCUCUUGAGGAUUUGUUUGAAGACGACGAACAAGAGGUUGAUGAAGCAAUGGAACAAAUUUAUGACGAAAUUGGAUUGGAUAUGAGCGGAAAACUCUCGUCAGCGAAAACUGGAACUUCUAGUUUGAAAGCUAAGAGCAAGGAUAAGGACCUGGACGAAAUUGAGGAUGAUGAUGAAUUAUUAAGGCGAGUGAUGAAUAUGAAAUAA